CCUCUGUUAGGAGAUGACAUACAAAAAGGUUUGCUUGUUCGUCUUUUAUUCUUUUGAAAUUGACCGAUAUAGUAGAAGAGAUAUGGGUGUGGCAUGUGUCGAAAGGUGAAUAAGUAACAGGUCAUUAAGCCCCCAUUAACCCCCAGCUACUACAUAGCCCGCCAAUUCUGAAGUUUUUUUUUACCUUUUUCCCCCUAAAGAUAAAGAUUCCUAGUCCCUUAGAUAAAAGAAAUUGUAAAUACAGUAUGAUCUAAGCUACAGCAUACCCGUACGUUGUGAUAUAUUUAAUUGGAUGAUGACUGAGUUGUUCACCAAUCUCAGUAGCUUAUGCCGUUUAUCCGUCCUGCACUUGUGCCAACCCUUAAGCAUUCCAGUUAAUGGCAAAAAAAAAAACAGUGACAAAUUCCGUGUAUGUGGGUCAAGUGUCACAGGGCUGGUGAACAGCUGCAGCGUGCCAGCUCAUCAAGAAUCCAAUACUGCUUAAAAUUUGCUGAGAGAUUUUAAAGGUCACUGAUUAUGUGUUGAAUUAUGCUUGUUUAGAGUCUAGCCAAGCCAAAUGUAACCCCCCCACUGCAAAAUGCCAUUAAGAAAUUAAUUGAAUGUUUGAAAUUUUAAUCCAUUAGUUGUUUUAGAUUUCAGAUGCAUCGCUGCAUUCUAUACUGCAUGCGUGAUGAGCAUUGAAAUCACAUGUGAAGAAGUUCUGAAAUUUUUUUCUGGCUCAAUUUUCUUGAAUUUUGAUAAAGAUCAUAGCAUAGGUGUAUUCAAACAUUUUCAAACUGUAUGACUUAACUGAAUAGUACAGAAUACUCUGAGAUUAUCCUGGAGGUAGGCAAAUGCCUGGCCCCUGGAUAAUGAUAAAAUCUGAAUGCUUCACCCUCACAAUUAAAAUGCUCUACCAUUGGUCAGGGUUGGAGCAGGGUAUGGACACUACUUGAAUUGAGUGGUGCAUUUCUUAUAAUAUUAUACCAUUUCUACUUUUCUUGCUCAGGAUUCAAUGUUCAUUUUGUUCUAUUUCAUUUCUUUUUUUUUAAAUUUCCUCUUUGCUCUUUCCACUUCAUAAAUAAGGAUUAAUGUGUAUAAAUAUGUAACAGCUUAGGACUGACAGAUGUGUAUUUCAUUUUCUGUAAAUAAUUACAUUGUAAUUGCAGUUGUCUUUACUAUUUUAUAGGUGGUAAUGUUGCCAGCCAAAGUACUAGUGUAACUUUGUUAGCUGGCCUGGUAGCAUGCAUUUGUGUGCUAGCACUCAUAAAGUAUUAUUGUGGUGGCGGAGUGUGCAAGAGCAAUGCUCGGCUAGAUGGUAAGAAUUAAAAAAUAAUAAAACAAUGAAUGCAUGUAUGUAUCAAGUGUUCCAAACCUUCAGGGACAAUAUUGCUUCACCCAAAAGGAUGUAAAAGGGGUACUUUUUGCAGGUCUCACUAUAUGGAAAGGGUUGGGGAUUUGAUGAGUUGAAGUAUAUUUAUGAAAGGUUUGCAAAAUCUACUAUUGAUAUGUUUAAAUGGACCAUACGUUAACUGAACCAUUUUUGAAUUUGGGUGUAUCAUUUUAAUUUUGGUAAAAUCUUUCGCUAACUUCAUUCUAAGGGUUUAGAAAAGGUAUGUAAAAGGAAUACCAUUUUUCAAUGGAAGUACAGUGCUUACUGAAGUAAGCACGACCCUUGAAUAACACCACUCCACCUUCUCAUCAAAAAGCACUCAUUGUUAUUUAUUUUUAUUAUUUUAAUAUUUUAAAUUAUAACAUGUAAAAAAAAUGGUAAGGGGUUGGACCUUUGGACAGAAGUGCAAAACUUUGCUGAGUACUCCCCCCCCUCCCUCCCUGGGGGUGUCACCCCGACACAAACAUUGGUUUUUUAAAAAAACUUGCAGUAACCAAUGGUUGUGUAGGGGUGACAGUACUCAGCAAAAUUUUGCACAGGAUGGCUCUGCCCCAAGGUCCAUCCCCUUACCCUUAUAUCCUAUCUUUCAAUGAAAGGGUAUAACCCUUUCGUAUACUUUUUAUUGAAAAAAUAAAUGGUAGCCUUUCGCAUACUAGUUUAAAACACUGAAUAGAUCACUAAACCAGAAUGUUUUCACAGCCAUAAGUGCACCUGUUAGCCCUUUUAGGUCCUUUUCACAGACUGCGGCAAUGAUUGAUUUACCUACUCUUUUAUAAACCUCAAGAAGUAAGACCUUGAAGUACCUGAAGCCUGAACAAGGUACUUCUUUCGCAAGGAGCCUCCCAGUAUAGCUCAUUAUAGGGAGUACCUUCUGGGGGUGACUCUGCAUGAAGAAGUUGAAACAAUUAAACAAGUGCUUUUUUGAUUUUUUUAGGGAAGACUGCCAUAAUCACAGGCUCAAACAGUGGUAUAGGGAAGGAGACAGCACUGGAUUUUGCCAAGAGAGGAGCUAGGGUUAUCUUGGCUUGCCGAGAUGAGAAGAAGGCCUCAGAAGCUGCUAAGGACAUCAUUUCUGAGACUGGAAGUGAUAAAGUCAUCAUCAGGGUUCUUGACCUGGCCUCAUUUGAGUCUGUGAGAGCCUUUGCGAAGCUAAUUAAUGAAACUGAAGAGAGAGUAGAUAUUCUUGUUAACAAUGCAGGAGUUGGUCCUGGACCUUUACAGAUAACAAAGGAUGGUUAUGAAAGUAUUUUUCAAGUCAACUACCUGAGCCAUUUUUUGCUGACCUUGUUGCUGCUGGAGAAAAUUAAAAAGACUGCACCAAGUCGCAUUGUAAAUGUAUCAACAAACGCUCACACUUUUCCUUUCUUAAAAGUCCGGUUGGAUGAUUUCAAACCUACAGAGGAGUCUUUUAAUUCCUACACUCGCUGUUUUGAGUCCAAGCUUGCUCAGGUUGUGUUUACAAAGGAACUUAGCCGAAGAUUAGAAGGUAAGGAAGGAAGUCAAAGCACUGCAGCACACACUAAAUAAUAGUAUAACAAUUAUUAUAACUAAACAUUUUGAAGGUGUGUGUGGCUGAGUGGUUAACACCUCAAACUCUGGAUCUGGAGGUCCGGGGUUCAAGCCUCGCUGAUCGUGUUGUUUCCUUAGACAAGGAACUUUACUCCACUUUGUAGUUAGUAACUAAUUUUUCUAUCUGGCUCGAGAAAUAUGACUUUAAGUAGAGUGCAGGCAGAGUUGUAGCCAGGUUAGCUAGUCUGAAGUCUUAGCCAUCUCUUCACCCUAUCCCACCCCCUCAAUAGGUUGCUGAGCUAGACAGUCCCUCUCUCCCAUGUGGGGGUGGGGGUGGGGGGUGGGGGUUGGGAGGGACAAAGACGUGGCUGAUACUUCAAACUACCAAGUUGACAACAAAUUAUGCCUCUAAUAUAAUAUUAUAUCUUUAAGAGAACCGAUGUUCAGUUGAAUGUUGGCGCAUUUAACAAGAACAAUUAAACUAGCAUGAUACUUCAUGUUUUCAUGUUUCGAACAUCAUUAUCAAGUAUCAAAGCCAUUAAUUGCCAACUUUUUUAACAACUUUGAAAAUUAACAACUUUCACUCUUGAUAAUGAUGUUUGAAACAUCGAAACAUUUAGUAACAUUCUUAAGUUUAAUUUUUAUCUUUGCUUUACAACUAGUGAGUUCACCUAAGAUGCUUCAGUGAGGGUGCAGGUAAAGGGUACUUUCUUGACUCAUGAUCGACUCGUUUUGUUUCCCUUGAAAUGCGAAAUGGCAAUUUUUCUUCCCCGUGAUAGUGAUUUUCGUUGAUUUUCAUUAAGUAGCCGUGAAGCAUGGUUUUUGCAAAAUUAUUUUCAAUAUGAAAUGCAAAAAAGAUUCUCAUUUCGUCGUGAACCGUGAUUUUCAUUGAGUCUGAAUUGCUUUUUGUGUUUUUUGUGAAUUGUGAAAACACCAAUUUCUUGCCCGUGAAAUGUGAACUAGAACCUUGUUUACCACCCUCUUCAGUUUUCAUAGUUUUGUGGGUGCAGUUGCGACCCUAAAUAUUAUUGGUCCUUGGAACAAAGUCAUUGUGAUUACAGGCCACUUGCCUUAUCUGAGGCCCUGCCAGGGUAAAUUCCAACAAGCGACAUGGCCCAAAAAGUAGUGACAGCUUAAAAUGAAAUUGCGACAAGAGACAACCCCCCUCGACCAAAUUGCGACAGAGACGGCGAACAAGCGACAUGGGACCCCCUCCCCCCCCUGGCAGGGCUUCUUAUCUGAUGGCUAAAACCCUGACUCUCGGUCAUUUUGCCAGUUAUGUUGUGUUUUUACAUGGUGGUUUAAAAGAAGUACAUGGACACUUGUUUGAUGUUAGUAAAUUUGGCUUUCAUCUUUCUUUGGAAAGCCUGGCACAUUGGCUUUGGGCUUGAUUAACAGCUAGCUUCUUUUUAUACUGGGUCCAUAGUGUUCCACCCAUAUGCAUGGGAUGUGGGCACACGUGGAUCUACAGGCCCACAUUGCCAGACCGUAACCUGGUUUCUUUAUAGGGAAUAAUGAACUCCACUUGUUAUGUACAAGCUCAAGGCGCAGGAGCUGAUUAAGUUCAAUGUGCACAUGGGUGUUAGUGGCUUUUUAUUUUACUCCAGAAGUCUUGAACAUUGUCCGCUGUAAAGUGAACAACAGUCAUUCCACAAGUCACUUUCUUAAUUAGUACGUGUAUUUCAAGUUCUAAUCCUUUACUAGAAGUCCUAGAGCCCCAAUAUCCACAUACCACUGAGUUCUCUACGUUGAUCAUAUCUGUACAUUUCUUUAAACUAGUUGAGAGAAUUUACAAGAAGAUCAAAGUAUUUUCUCUUUGGUGAUCAUUUUAUUAAUUCUCAUAACUUUUUCUCUUGAUUGUGUAUUGACGAUGUCAGGAGAAAAUUGAUUUUGGUCACUCUUGGGUCUUAAAGGGUUAACUUCUUUUCUCAGGUACUGGGGUAACUGUGUAUGCCCUGCAUCCUGGUGGCGUUGCAACCGAAAUUUGGCGAAACUGGAAGUUGUUUACCAAUCCUUUUACCAAACCGCUGAUACGAAUCAUUACAUUCCUGUUUUUCAAGACCGGCAAGCAAGGGGCACAAACCACAAUCUACUGCUCAGUUGCAGAAGAGCUGGCUAAUGUCUCCGGUCUUUACUAUAUGGACUGCAAAGUCAAAGAGUGCAGUAAACUUGCAAAAGAUCCUGACCUGGCUAAGAAGCAGUGGGAAGUGAGUGAGAGAAUAACAGGAGAAUUCUGGAAAGACUGA